AUGUUAACGUUACCAAUUUCAGAUUCUCCGGCGAAAAAAUCCGGUAAUCUGAACUUCUCGAUGCAGACUAUUUUUGUCAAUUCACCCAUACAAGCUUUCCCUAAUCCAAAGCACAGAUCAAGAAGAUGCUUCAACACAAAGCAUCCACAAAAUUAUGGAUUGAAUUUCAGUCCCGACGCUGCCGCCGCAAAUCUCCGAUCAAUUCCAAGAAGCCGCCGCGCUGUAAGUGACUUAGCCUCAGUCACCGCAGACCCGGUUCAGGCGGAACUUACUUGGCAAAUUGUGGUUGGCGCUUUAGCUGGUGUUACGCCUUUUGUGGUGGCUGGAAUUGAAUUCAGUAAGAGAAUUGUGGCACAGAGGAAAUGUAAGGUCUGUGGAGGUUCGGGACUUGUUUUGAGGGAGAAGAAGUACUACUUUCGAUGCCCUGGUUGUGGUGGUUUUCUACCAUGGCAAUCAUGGAGGAGGUUCUUUACUGUUCUAUUCUCGCGGUUAAUUCCGACCCCGAGAUUGAGGCUAAUCGAACUGUUAUCUGGCCUGGGUCUAGAGGUUCCACUAACCUUUAUAACAGCUUUUGGGUCAUGGGAUGCCCUUUCGACGUGUUUCCUUACUGGGCAACCAGCACUUUGUGCACUUGUAAUAACUCCUGCACGGUUAACAUGCGAAUUAACUAAGAAGGCUUUGCAUGGUUAUCAGCAACAGGCUGCAGCAUCAAAAACUCCAUCUAUUAAAGGGCAGAACAGGCUGGGAAGAGGGCAGCAGGACAAAGUGCAUCAAUUCCUUUCAAUUACGGGCUCCAGGUGCUCGGCGCAGCUGACAUGCUAUACUGGAAUCAACUACACCAAUGCAGAAUUUGCAUUGGCAAUGCUUAAUCUCAUUCCAGGAUUUACUUUUAUACUUGCCAUCAUUUUCGGGGAGUUUUUGGCUCUGCAUUCCAAGUCAGUGUAA